GCCUCAUUGUGUGAAUUCAAAGGAUUCUACCUGGAACCAAAAAGGCUUAUCUUAGCCGAAUGAACUCUUUCGGGAACCCUUUUUUCUAAGAGUGUACUGAAUAUGACCUGUAUCCUGGGAAACGAGUACUACUAUUUAUUUGGCCUAUUUUUUUAACAUUGAUUAUUAUAAUGAGGUUAUACAUCCAUUUUCAUUAAUCAGGAGAUUAUUGUGAUGGCUAAACUACAACUUUGGGUUAGUCAAUUAUAGCUACUGACUGUGGCGGUCAAGUAGCCGAGGUGAGAUACUGCGCAACAUCACUGCGGUGAAGCGAACCAGAGAAGAGGUGGGAGCGCUCAACCUCAGAAUCCCUUUGCUUUUGUCUGUCUGUCUGUUUAUCUGCGCAACAAACUCGCAUCUCUGGAUAACCUGAUUGACAGACAGCUUGUGAGGAGGAGUCGCCGACAUCAUCAGCGCCAUCAUUAUCAUCACAGCGGCCUCUGCAGCGAAGGCGGAGGAGAGGAGACGAGAGAAAGAAGAUAAGUUUUCUGCCCUUUGUUUUGACCGCGGGGGAAAGCAGUAACUCGGAGAUGCUCCCGCUAUUGUCCCUCGCGGUGCUGUGCAUCGGUGCGGCUGUGCCUCGGCAGGUGAACGGGGAUGAAUGUGAACCUGUGUCAUGUGAGAGUGAUGCAGACUGUUUCACCCCCCAGUCAGAGGAGGCUCUACUCUUAUCCACGCCAGACUGGGAGGAGCCGAUUACAGCAGGUCCGUGCCAGCCCAACCCAUGCCACCAUGGGGGUGUGUGUGAGGCCACUAAUGCCCAACGAGGUGAUGCGUUCCUGGGGUACCACUGUCACUGCUCCCCUGGCUACUCUGGAGCCCACUGCCAACACAAUGUGAAUGAGUGUGAGAGUGGGCCGUGCAGGAACGGAGGUGUGUGUACAGACCGGGAGGCCAACUACACGUGUGUGUGUCCUGGAGAAUACACAGGCAGGAACUGCCAGCACAAGUGUUCAGGUCCUCUGGGCAUGGAGGGUGGUAUCAUCACCAAGGGGCAGCUGUCCUCCUCCUCUGCUCAGCAGGGCAUGUUUGGUCUGCAACACUGGAGCCCUGAACUGGCCCGGCUCCACCGCAGGGGCAUGGUUAAUGCCUGGAGCCCUGCAGUCAGCGACCGCUGGCCCUGGAUACAGGUGAAUCUGCGGCAGCAGAUGCGUGUGACGGGGCUGAUUACCCAGGGUGCUCGGCGGCUGGGCAGCUCAGAGUAUGUGAAGUCCUAUAAGAUCGCCCACAGCGAUGACGCUAGGACCUGGAGCAUGGUGAAAGCCAGAGGAGACACACAGGACAUGAUAUUCCACGGUAACUCAGACAGCAGUUCUCUCAUGGCCAACGCCUUCUCUUCACCAAUUGAAGCACAGUACAUACGGGUUUACCCUCAAGUCUGCAGGGGCCACUGUAUGCUGCGCAUGGAGCUGAUGGGCUGCGAGCUCACAGGUUGUUCAGAGCCUCUGGGUCUAAAGGGGGGUGAGGUGCAGGACUUCCAGCUGACCUCGUCCUCUGUGUACCGGACCCUGGGCAUGGGUCUGCUGGCCUGGACCCCGAACAGAGCCAGACUGGACAACCAGGCCAAGGUCAACGCAUGGACCGCAGCCACCAAUGACCAAAACCAGUGGAUACAGGUAGACCUGUUGGUUCCUACUAAGGUAACAGGUGUAGUGACUCAGGGAGCUAAGGACUUUGGCCGUGUCCAGUUUGUGCGCUCCUACAAACUAGCCUACAGCAACGAUGGACUGAGGUGGACGACAUACCAGGACCAAACACAACACAAGGACAAGGUGUUCCAGGGGAACGUUGAAAAUGACACUCACAGGAAGAAUUCCGUCCAGCCGCCCAUAUAUGGUCGUUUCCUCCGCCUCAUCCCCUGGUCCUGGUACGGACGCAUCACACUGAGGAUGGAGCUACUGGGCUGCACAGAGGACGACUGACCAUCUCUCUCUCUCUUCUCCCUCCGUCUCUUUCUCUCUCACCUAGCUCUCUCUUCUCCCUCCGUCUCUUUCUCUCUCACCUUGCUCUCUCUUCUCCCUCCGUCUUUCUCUCUCACCUAGCUCUCUCUUCUCCCUCCGUCUCUUUCUCUCUCACCUAGCUCUCUCUUCUCCCUCCGUCUCUUUCUCUCUCACCUUGCUCUCUCUUCUCCCUCCGUCUCUUUCUCUCUCACCUAGCUCUCUCUUUUCCCUCCGUCUCUUUCUCUCUCACCUAGCUCUCUUUCCCCCGCUCUCGCUCUUUCCCUGUCCUGCUUCUGUCUCUCUCCCCUUUCUCUAUCUCUCCAUCUCCCAUCUCUCUCGCUCUUCUCCCUCCUUCCAUCUCGCUCUCUCACUUAACCUCUUCUCCACCCCCCCCCCUUCCCCCCUCUUUCUCUCUUGCUGGAAGUAGCAGUGUGGACAGUGGUCAUAAGAGACACAGGGAAAGAAAAUGGGACGUAAAGGUCACAAUAGGUGACUGGUUUACCGUGUGUUAUUUAUUUCUUGGAUUAUAAGGUACUGUACUUCUGCUCUUCAAUGUUUUUGCUAUAUCGUACUCCUGUGUGAUAGCAUUUCCAACAGUAGUGUAGUGCCAAAACAAUACAGGGUUAACUUCUCCGUGGCCAACCUUUGACUGUUCCCUCCCACCGUUUCUGACGGCGAAACAGCCCUCUCAAAGCACAAAGUUCCCCUAAAUAACGAUAACAUUUGAAAGGCGUUUUACAGACAUUGUAAAAGAAAAGUUACAAUGUUAUUCACACUACGUUGUGAGGAAUAAGGUAUUUUAAUGCUGUUGAACAGAUAGAAAAUGUCGUCCAAAGUGUGCUAUCUACUGUACAAUAACCUCUGAUAUGGUAUUCGUUGAUACUGGUUGAAUACAAUAUUGAUGGUAGUAACAUAAUUCUUUACCUGAUGUGGUGCAAUAAGCCACUUUCUGUGUAGUAAAACAAGUGACAUAAUA